AUGAAUUACUUCCCGGACGAGGUGUUGGAGCACAUCUUCGAUUUCGUGGGUUCCCACAAAGACAGGAACUCGGUGUCCCAGGUUUGUAAAUUGUGGUAUAGGAUCGAGAGUUACAGCCGGCAGAAGGUGUUCGUCGGGAACUGUUAUGCGAUUGGGCCGGAGAGGGUCGCGGAGAGAUUCUCGGGGCUGAAAUCGAUUACCCUCAAGGGGAAGCCUCAUUUCGCUGACUUCAAUCUUGUCCCUCCGGACUGGGGAGGCUUCGUUUACCCAUGGAUCGAGGCUUUCGCUAGGAGCCGGGUCGGGCUGGAGGAACUCCGGCUGAAAAGGAUGGUUGUUUCUGAUGAAAGCUUGGAGUUACUGUCUAGGUCUUUCCCUAAUUUCAAGUCUUUGGUUCUGGUGAGCUGUGAAGGGUUCACAACUGAUGGGCUAGCAGCUGUUGCUGCUUAUUGUAGGCAACUGAAGGAGCUGGACUUGCAAGAAAAUGAUGUCGAGGAUCACAGAGGGCAUUGGCUCAGCUGCUUCCCUGAAAGCAGCACAUCUCUUGUCUCACUCAAUUUUGCGUGCCUCAAAGGAGAUAUUAAUUUGCCUGCUCUCGAAAGGCUCGUAGCGAGAUCCCCCAAUUUGAAGAGCUUGAGGUUGAGCCGUGCAGUACCUCUUGAUGUACUUCAGAGGAUACUGAUUCGAGCGCCCCAAUUGUUGGAUUUGGGAGUCGGCUCUUAUCUUCAUGAUCCAGAUUCCGAGAACUACUAUAAACUUGUAACCGCCAUUCAGAAGUGUAAAUCUGUUAGGAGUCUGUCUGGGUUUCUGGAUGUUGCUCCCCAUUGCCUGUCCGCUUUCCACGUUAUCUGCCCUAACUUGACCUCCUUGAACUUGAGCUAUGCCCCAGGAAUUUAUGAUAACGAGCUCAUAAAGCUCAUUCGUCACUGCCACAAGCUCCAGCGCUUAUGGAUACUAGAUUGCAUUGGUGAUAAAGGGCUUGAAGUCGUAGCUUCUACCUGCAAAGACCUUGAGGAGUUACGUGUCUUUCCAUCUGAUCCCUAUGUUGGACAAGCAGCUGUCACAGAGGAAGGCCUGGUUGCCAUCUCAAGAGGCUGCCAGAAGCUCAACUCGAUACUUUACUUCUGCCAACAGAUGACCAAUGCUGCACUCAUAACAGUUGCCAAGAACUGCCCUAACUUUGUCCGGUUCAGGCUCUGCAUCCUGGACCCCACGAAACCUGAUGCAGUGACCCAGCAGCCGCUCGAUGAAGGUUUCGGUGCAAUAGUCCAAGCAUGCAAGGGUCUGAAAAGAUUGUCCCUUUCUGGUCUUCUGACCGACCAAGUAUUUCUCUACAUUGGGAUGUAUGCAGAGCAGCUGGAGAUGCUGUCGAUAGCCUUUGCAGGGGACAGCGACAAAGGGAUGCAGUACGUGCUGAAGGGUUGCAAGAAGCUGAGAAAGCUGGAGAUAAGGGACAGUCCCUUUGGUAAUGCGGCACUUCUGAUGGACGUGGCUAAGUACGAGACAAUGCGAUCCCUUUGGAUGUCGUCCUGUGAGGUCACGCUGGGAGGGUGCAAGGCUCUAGCAAAGAGGAUGCCUGGGUUAAAUGUAGAGAUUAUAAAUGAGAAUGAUCAGAUGGAGUUUGUUGGUGGAUGCGAUGAUGAUAGGCAGAAGGUGGAGAAGAUGUAUUUGUACCGUACUUUGGCCGGACAGAGGAGAGAUGCUCCGGAGUUUGUGUGGACGUUGUAAGUUUCUGAGGUAAGCUCAAUGUUGGUAAACUGAUGGUGAUGGA